AUGGACUUUCCGACCGACGUGGCGGAGUUUGAUAGCGACCCGCGCAUCUCGUUCUCGCGCCUGGAUAACAGCUUCCUACUCGAGACAAGCGACGGUCGCGAGUUCUUGUUCAACAGUAUCCUGAAGAGAUGGGUUGAAACGAUUGACGAGGCGCUUAUCCGCAAGCAGCAAGGGUACGGCUCCGACGACGGUGAGACUGAGAUCGUUCACCCACGCGAUCGUAAGAAGCGCAAGAGCUCUCAUGACGAGACCGCCGAGCCUAAGGUUAAGAAGCCACGUGUUAACACUGCUGUUUGGGUUACCAAGAUCCCCGGUGACGCUGAGCUGUCGGAGAUUCAAGACGUGUUUUCGAAAUAUGGAAUCCUCGCAGAAGAACUGGACACCGGAAAGCCCCGAAUUAAAAUGUACACCGACGAAAAUGGCAAUUUCAACGGCGAGGCUUUAAUCGUGUACUUCCGGCCUGAAUCAGUCAACCUCGCGAUUGAUGUCCUCGACGAGACGGACUUCCGAAUGGGUUCCCGCAAUCCAGCUGGACCGAUGCGUGUUCAGGCGGCCGACUUUUCGUACAAGCGUGAACAGGAUGUGCAGCCGAAGGUUACCAUGACUAUGAAGGAAAAGAAGAAGCUAAAGGAGCGGGCAGAGCGGUUGAAUAAGAAACUUUCCGACUGGGGUGACGAUGAAGCCGAACAGGCCUUGGAGGUGAUGAAGGCUGCUGAGGAGGCUAAGCGACAUGUGAUUUUGAAACAUAUGUUUACACUGAAGGAGCUGGAGGAGGAUCCGCUCGCCAGUAUUGAGAUUCAAGAUGACAUCCGCAGCGAGUGCUCUAAGAUUGGCGAGGUGACUAAAGUGGUGGUUUGGGACGGUGAGGCUGAAGGUGUCGUGACUGUCCGAUUUGUCGCAUCAGCCGAUGCACGUCGCUGUGUUCAGAUCAUGAGUGGGCGCUUCUUUGCAGGCAAUACUGUUCUUGCUUACAUCUGGGAUGGGGAGGAGAAAUUCAACAAAUACCACCCCCGACGAGACGCAGGAGGCAAAAUUUCAAACCCUCUGGAUGCAGAUGAUGAGGAGAACGAGCGCCUUGAGCGGUACGGAGAUUGGCUGGAAAGCGGCGGAAAUCAGAAGACCGACAAGAAUCAGGAAACCGCCAAUGACAAGACCAACGAGAGCCAGGAAACUGACAAGAACUAG